UUCUCUGUCCUUGACUGUUGAUUGCUGCAGUGCAUUGAUAGCAGACAGUGUUAUCAUUGAACUAGAUAAAACCCCAAAUGUAAAACGCUCCUACAACAAACAACAACAGCUAGAAAUGAAUCAAGAGUGUAUUGAAAUUUCGACUAAACAAGGCAAGUUAAGAGGUCUUGUCAAGAAGUCAUCAGGGAUUCAUAACAAAACUUAUUAUUCUUUUCAAGGCAUUCCUUAUGGGAAACCUCCCAUUGGAGAAUUAAGAUUCAAACCUCCUGAACCAUUUGGAAAGUGGGAAGGAACACGAGAUGCUUUUAAGGAGGGAAAUUGCUCCAUUCAAUACCACAUAUUAUUUAACUACCCUGUUGGUGACGAGGACUGCCUCUUCCUCAAUGUCUACACCACUCAGCCAAAAGAAGGAGCUAAGAAAGCUGUGAUGGUGUGGAUACAUGGUGGAGGAUUUUUUGCUGAUUCUGGCUCCUCUGAACUCUACGGACCAGAUUUCUUAGUUGAAGAAGAUAUAGUAUAUGUAUCCAUGAACUAUCGGUGUGGAGCAUUAGGAUUUCUAUCUCUUGAAAACGAGAAGCUGCCUGGAAACCUGGGCCUUAAAGAUCAAGCAUUGGCAUUGCAGUGGGUACACGAUAACAUUGAGAGUUUUGGUGGAGACCCUGACAAUGUUACAAUAUUUGGAGAGAGUGCUGGUGGGGCUUCUGUAAACUACCAACUGCUGUCUCCGCUAUCUAGAGGAUUAUUUCACAAAGCCAUAAUUCAAAGUGGCUGCUCACUUAGUCAGUGGGCCUUACAGGACAAUCCAAGAGAGAAAGCCCUGCUGCUGGCCAGAGACUUGGGUUGUACUUCCGAGGAUCCUGACACUGUUUUGGAAUUCCUCAUGUCUGUUCCUGCCAUGGAUCUUGUAAAAAGUCAGAACAAUGAGGCACUCCGUACAGAAAAUGAACGUGUUCAGAGAAUUUCAAUUAUAUUUUCACCUUGUGUGGAGAAAUAUGGAAAUGCACCGUUUCUGACUGACUGUCCUCGUAAGCUGAUGGAGAGAGGAGAUUUUGCCAAGGUGCCUAUCAUCAUAGGAUUCACUGAUAAGGAAGGAAUGCUACUUUUAAUAAUGAAAAAGCUCCAGUUUGAUAGUAUAAAUAACGACCCAUCAGUGUUGGUACCUCAAAACUUGGCCAAGACACCAAAGAAAGAGGAGGUUCUGAGACUGGGCAAGGAGAUUCUGAAGUUCUACACCAACACUGACUCUUUGUCCUGGGAUGUUGCACCUCAGUUUUUGGAUCUUAUAGGUGAUAUCCAUUUCGCAAUGCCACUUCAAAACGCCAGACAGUAUUUCCUGAAACAACAGAUACCAGUCUACUCUUAUCUGUUCACAUACACAAGCCCUCGAGCUCUCUCUUACUCAACAGUACCUCUGUCGUAUCCAGACAGGGCUGAACAGUUUGUUGGUAGUGGUGCUAGUCAUGCUGAUGAGCUGCCAUAUCUCUUCUCCACAAACAUGACCCAGUGUCCCAUUCCUCCACCAAAUGAUGAAGAUAAAGCAUUCAUGAGCAAGUUUUUGAAAGCAUGGACAACUUAUGCCAAAACCAGUAACCCAAACUGUGACGGACUUGGAGUAACUUGGAAACCCGACAAUAUCGACAACUCCUCUUUCUUGGUUCUAGGAAAGGUUAUCAAACCAUCAAAUGGAAUAUCUUUUCCAGAUAGAACAAAGUUCUGGAGGAGAAUUUGUGAAAAAUAUUCAUAUUCAUACUGAAAAACAUUGUUAUUAUUAAUGUUAAUGCAGACAAUGUUAAUAUGUUGGAAUAUCUAGUUUAAUACAUUUGAAAUGAUACUGCAUAACAUUUGAAAAAAGUAUUACUGGAAAAUUGUAUUAGUUUACAAAUUAUUUUAAACUAUUAUAUAAACAUUAAUUAAAUGUACAACAGGUUGAUUUAGUA